AUGCUAUCACUUUCGUACAGUCUGCCCCCGCCCCACUUCAGGUUUAGUCUAGUCUGUCGUGCAGUUCGUUCGGUUAACAACAAGUCUGGCGCUUGUCCUCACCUCCCGCAGAUCAACGAACAACCAACAAUCUCCUGCGCUGCCUUGGGAGCACGUUUAGUCCAACUGCGCCCCGGGCUCGGAAAAGCAAGGGCUAAGCAGUUGGCUUUGGCAGCAUGCCGCUUCCCUGAUAAGCAGGUCUACCUCGAAGAGAUGCACGCCUUGUUGAAACGCCGAUUCGGCCGCUGCCGGUCCAGCGGCCGAGACUCCUUCGACGGAAGACACGCAUCAAGAUGCGCUGCUACUGCAAACCCUUACGGUGUCCACGAUGUCUGUAGCGCUUUGGCGAAGGUAGCCACGACGGGAGCGACGGUUUCGUCGUCGUCGUCUUCCUGCGCCGCCCUUAAAAGGGUCCGGCGGAAGCUGCUUGUCGGGGAGGGGGGGCUGGCCCGUCUGAGGGCCGCCCUUUUUUCUGUCGGCGGCGGCGACGACGGCCGUCACGGUGUCGGCGAGAGGGGAACCCUGACCAAGGACGAGUUGCGGCGUGCACUAACGAUGACCAGGAGUGCAGGGUCCAGUCCCCCUUCCACCAAAGACGUGGACGAUCUGUUCACCAUGUUUUCCGGCCGAACUCCCUCGGGCAGUGUUGGCGGAGCAAGGGUGGACGCAGUGACCGUUUUUCGCGGUCUGCGGGGAGAGCUGAGCCCGUUCCGUGAGAAGGUCGUGCGGGACGUGUUCAACAGCUUGCUCAGAAGCAGCAACGCAAGCCCCAACAUUAAUAGCAGCGACCGCAGGAGGAGUUUGGUAGACGUCGAAGAGCUACGAAAAGCACACCGCAGCGGCAGCGGCAGUACCGACGGCGGGGACGGCAGAGGGUGUUUCCUUCAGAAGGAAAUCUCCGGAAGCCCCAGCAAACCGGGCGGCGGCAGCAAGUCAGGUCUCAGGGAAUGGUGUUCCUCCUUGGAAGAUGGUACUGGGCCAGGGUGUACGGAGGGCGUGCCACCCCAGGCGGCAGCACUUUCUGACGCUGUGGAGAACAGGGACACGACGAGAGGACGGAGGACGGUCAAAGGGGUUUCCCUCGAGCAAUUCCUAGAAUACUACAGCCCUCACCGAGGAAAGCUUGCUACGCAUUUGGAGACAAAGUUCGCUUUUGAAACGUUUCCGAGGCAGACGAUGGUGUCUGCAAAACAGCAACACGCACGUUUGCACCCUGUAGACGUUUAA